AUGUCAGAUCUUUCUGCUCAGUUAUCAGCAUUCAAGAACAAAAUCAAGAGUGGGCCUUCGGUCACGGUGGCCAGGCGUCCUGUGAAUCCAAUCCAGAAACCUUCAUCCCCUGUGAUAACGAAGCCAAAAAUUGAAAAUGGAGGAACCAAGCGUUCAGGACCUGAUUCUCUCACUGAAGCUAUCAAGAGGCAGAAGGUGUCUAUGGGUGAGAUAUCUGGGUCCCACUUGUCGACCCAGUUGCACUUGGCAGUGGAAUUUGUCAAGCAGCAUGACCACCCCGUUUCCUUAGCCAAGCUCCAGAACUACUUAUCGAUGGAUGUUAGCCACAACUUACUCCCUCUUCUUAAGGAGAUCGAUAGGCUCAAGUACGACCCAGAAACCAGUACUUUGGAGUACGUUUCGUUGCAUAACAUAAGAAAUUCAUCUGAUUUAUUGAAUUAUUUGUGGCCACAACCCACCUUUAAAGGCACUUCUGUGAAGGAAUUGAGAGAUGGGUGGAGUGGCUGUCUUGCUGCUAUAACUGAGCUCGAAUCUGAGAACAAAAUUUUGGUUUUAAGAAACAAGAAGGAAAAUGCUCCAAGAUUGAUCUGGGCAAAUCUUGGAGGCCCAUUAGGAACUGUUGAUGAAGAGUUCAAGGAUAUGUGGAGUACUGUGAAAUUACCGGAUAACUUGUACCAAGCCUUAAUUGAUCAAAAUUUGAAACCAACUGGUGCGGAUCCAAAUUUACUCAUAAAGAAGCCUCAACAGCAAGAGAAGAAGCAAAAGAAGGCAAGAAGGGGAAAGAUCACAAACACACACAUGAAGGGGGUCUUAAAGGAUUACUCCCAGUUGGUCUAA